CCAUAUAUAUUACACACUCUGUUUAUACAUAAAGCAGAGUGAAACAAACAAAUCACAAUCAGUCUUAUAAUUACUUCGUUCAUUGCUAUCAAGUUGAGAGAUAAGCAUGACUCGUUUCUGGACUCUGCUUGCUUACCUUCAUUCUCUGGCCGGGCCCGGGGUUAUGCUGCUCUAUCCGUUGUAUGCAUCAGUUGUGGCAAUUGAGAGCACAUCAAAAGUUGAUGAUGAGCAAUGGCUUGCUUAUUGGAUUUUGUAUUCCUUUCUCACUCUCAUGGAGAUGCUGCUUAUGCCUCUCUUGGAUUGGAUACCGAUAUGGUACGAUUUGAAGCUAGUGCUUGUGGCAUGGUUGGUUUUGCCUCAGUUUAGAGGGGCAGCUUUCAUCUAUAACAAAUUUGUUAGAGAAAAGCUCAUCAAAAAAUAUGGAAGAGGCCUACUUAGUCAGCCCAAAAAGUAAUUAUUUUGAAUUGAUUUAUGGGAAUCACAGGGAGAUCAGAAGGAAGCUUACUAGUGAAGAAGAUGAAUUGAAGGAGAUGAAGCAACUGACUUGAUGUUAGUUUUCGUUUUUUUUUUCCUUUCGUAUUGCAUUGUGUGGGUGAAGCGAACCUAAUUUUUACUUAUGCUUGGUGCAUUGUAAAAUAUGGGUGAGAUGGUGUAACUUUUAUUGGUUCAUUGUUAAGUACAGUCUCUGUUAAAUUUCUA